AUGGAUGCACUCGACGACCCAGCAGCCCAGGAUAGACUCGACUAUUUAGAAGCCCGGAAGGCAUUCAGAGAUCCAAAUGCCCACCCCCGAACCUGCCCCUCGAUGCGGAUGUCCUUCACGAUCGGCCAGAUCCAUCUCGACAGGGUCAGGCGCGAGCAGAGGUCCCUCGAACUUCUGUUCGACCGGAUCCUCCUGGAGACUCACCCCUACAUCGUCUUCCAAGCCGAAAACACCGAGUGGCAGCUCCUCUGGACCCCCGAGACCGACCCCGUCUACGGCACCGUGGCCAGAUCCUUCAUCCGCCGCCUGCAGACCUGGGUCGCCACCCCGCCCUGGCAGAGGACUGAGGCGGUCACCGCAGCAGAGAUCGUCACGCUCUCGACGCAUUGGAAGCACUUCAAGGCCUUUGAGGACGAGGUGGAAAUGGCUUUGAAUCGCGAAGAAGAGAGGGCGCAUGCCAGGAGCAAGUGGUUCGGGAACCCGAGGGUGAAGCGCGUCCGGAUGAGGCAGAGCCGUGACAGGAGGAGCCGUCUGCGCAAAUGUGUUUCGGCCGACGAGGUCUAA